GCCAUGGGCAACCUGUUCGGCCGCAAGAAGCAGAGCCGGGUCACCGAGCAGGACAAGGCCAUCCUGCAACUGAAGCAGCAGCGAGACAAGCUGCGGCAGUACCAGAAGAGGGUCACCCAGCAGCUGGAGCGGGAGCGGGCCGUGGCCAGGCAGCUCCUGCGCGACGGCAAGAAGGAGCGGGCCAGGCUGCUGCUGAAGAAGAAGCGGUACCAGGAGCAGCUCCUGGACAAGACGGAGACCCAGAUCACCAGCCUGGAGACCAUGGUCCAGAGCAUCGAGUUCACGCAGAUCGAGAUGAAGGUGAUGGAGGGGCUGCGGGUCGGAAACGAAUGUCUGCAGAAGAUGCACCAGGUGAUGUCCAUUGAGGAGGUGGAGAGGAUCCUGGACGAGACCCAGGAGGCCGUGCAGUACCAGCAACAAAUCGAUGAGUUGCUGGCAGGAAGCCUCACUCAGGAGGACGAGGACGCCAUCUUGAAGGAGCUGGAUGCCAUCACACAGGAGCAGAUCGAGCUGCCGGAGGUGCCUACAGAACCCCUCCCUGACAAGAGCCCAGAAAAGAUGCCCAUCAAGACCAAGCCCCGGCAGGCUGAGCUGGUGGCAGCCUCGUAACUUGCCCCUCGU